GCGAGGCGAGGGGCGGGGAGGGGCGGGCCUGACGCUCCAAGUCCUGGAAGACGGGCAGUAGGCGCUGCGGAGGCAUCUCGGGUGACUGCAAGGGCAAGGCACCGGCAGCGGGUUCUGCACUGCGCGAUGAGUGGUCGGUAACUUCCAAGUCUGCAGACAAGAGGAGAAGAUGAAGGAAGAUUGUCCCCCCAGCUCUCAUGUGCCCAUCAGCGACAGCAAGUCCAUUCUGAAGUCAGAGCUCUUAAGCCUGCUGAAAACCUACAACUGCUACCACGAGGGCAAAAGCUCCCAGCUGAGGCGCAGGGAGGAAGAAGGGGCUCUGAUCAUCGAGGGGCUCCUCAACAUUUCCUGGGGACUGAAGCGGCCCAUCCGGCUCCAGAUACAGGAUGACAGGGAGCGCGUGCACCUCUCCUGGACACCCGGACAGUCCAGCUGCCAUUCGAAGGAGCCACCUGUUCAAGAUGGCAGAGUCACUGCUCAGGAACCCAGCUCUCAGGCUGGGCCCCAGGAGGAGAGUUCCAGAGACAGAUCAGAGCCAGUGGAGGAGGACGAGGAGACCCCACAGCUGAUGCGGACCAAGAGCGACGCAGCCUGUGUGAUCCAGAGGCGGCCCAGGAGCCGAGCAGCCGGGGAGGCCCAGAGGAUCCGGCGACACCGUUUCUCUAUCAACGGGCACUUUUACAACCACAAGACCUCCGUGUUCACUCCUGCCUAUGGGUCCAUGACCAACGUGAGAGUCAACAGCACCAUGACGACCCUGCAGGUGCUCACUCUGCUGCUGAACAAGUUCCGAGUGGAAAACAGCCCCAGUGAGUUUGCACUCUACGUCGUUCAUGAGUCGGGGGAGCGUACAAAAUUAAAAGACUGUGAGUACCCACUGAUUGCCAGAAUCCUGCAUGGGCCCUGUGAGAAGAUCGCCAGGAUAUUCCUGAUGGAAGCUGACUUGGGCGAGGAGGUCCCCCACGAUGUCGCUCAGUACAUUAAGUUUGAAAUGCCGGUGCUGGACAGUUUUGUUGAAAAAUUAAAAGAAGAGGAGGAAAGAGAAAUAAUCAAACUGACCAUGAAGUUCCAAGCCCUGCGUCUGACAAUGUUACAGCGCCUGGAGCAGCUGGUGGAAGCCAAGUAGCCCACUAGCACCUGCCCCUUCCGAAGCCCCCAGCAGCCAGUGCCCACUGAGAGCCAGUGGCCAGGCCCUGACGGGUCGCCCAGAUUGGUCACACGGCCGAGGAAUCUAGCAUCUGCGCUUCUGCCUGUCCACCUGCCUAGCUAGCAUGAGUCCCAUGGCCCUGGCCCUUGGCUCCAAGCUGAGCACUCAGGGGCCCAGUCCUAAGCCUGAGGACCCAGGAACUUGCUGGGUGGGGUCUGCAUGUGAGGUGGGCCUGGGCUGUGAGGAGCCCUGAAGCUGUGACAUGAGCCAAGUUAAGGAGCUAGAUGGCAUGGCCAGUCCUGUUCAUGCCACACCUCUCCAAAUCAGGGGAGCAGAACAUGGUUUUGCUUCUAGGGUGUGGGCUCCAUUUGCUUUUCCAGUGCCUGGCCCAGAGUUACUGCAGAACCACAAGCCAUUGUCCUCAUGAAACACGUGAACCACUAGACCCUGUCCACCCUCGCCUCAUGCCGCCGCUCAGAAACUCUGCUGGGAAGAGCAAGAACUGCCAGCGGGAAUGGGAUGUACAGUGCUCCCAGCUGUCACUGUGCUGUGGCGUGCCAGGUGAAGCCUCUGAUGUCCUCAAGCCUCUGAUGUUGCUCCAUGAGCCUCGCACAGCUCAGUGCCCUGCCGGCAGAGGUCAGACCAAGAAUAAGAGCACCAGCAGCCCAUCUUCUCUCGGAGGCACUCACCCUGAACUUCCCAGCAACACCUGAAGUGACUCUUAUAAGGAACUUGCUGAAAGAAACAUGCCAAUCAUAUCACAUUGAGGAGAUGACCCACAUGACCUUGAAAGGAUGCUUCCAGGGUGGGUGAGAGGCCAGGAGCUGUCUAGGGACUGCCGGCAGCGGCUUGGGGAGGCCACGCUUCGCCCGUCACUCUCCUCGGACACUUGUAUGCCUCCCGCCCUCUCUGGAUGUGCGUCAAUACUUUCCAUCAAAGGGCCACCACCGGGAAAAACUGUUUGAGGAGAAAGGGCUUUGAAUCCCCUGGGGCCAAACCCAGAACAAUUUGGGCCUGCCAGUUGAUGGAAAAAUUCUAGAAUGAACAAGAAGGCCUUUGCAAAAAUUAUGCAACAGUUUACAGCAGUCAUGUGAGGUGUUUGUCCAAAACAGAGCAAACGAGACCAGAUUCUCCCCAUGGGGCCCAUAGAUUGUGGAUUUAAAGGGGAAAACUAUAAAGUCUCCCAAAGCCAGAAAGUCAGCAUGAAUGAGAUUCCAGCUCUGCCUCAAUCAGUAGCUCCUCACCGGCACCCAUAAAGAGCAGAGCGUGGGAGCAGCUACGCCGUUUGAGCCCACUAUUCAGGGUGAGCCCCACACCAGGACUGUCCUGACCUGGCGCCAAGCUCACAGAGGCAGGUGCAGAGAUGCCCAGGGGAGGUCUGCCGCAGUUUCCCGUCUCCUUUGUCAGCAGAGUUUCCUAGGUACUCAAUAAAGGUGUUGCCAUGUGGAACCAAA